GGAACUAGCUAUAUCAUAUUGAUCUGUCAGUCUUAGUCUAGAGCAGACGCUGCUAGGCACAGAAGAAAACAAUGGAGAAAUUUCGACAAAUUUCCAUAGAUGGAAUGAUCACUGAUUGGCUUACGAUUGAUCCAAUUGAUGGAAAUCCAAGUGAAAUCGUUCUUUUCUUACCAGGAAACCCGUCGCUGAUGAACUUCUAUAAACAGUUUUGCCGCGAACUUUUCAAGGAGCUCGGCGGUAGUAAGGCGGUGUGGAGCAUCACCAUGGGCGACCAGGCCGCUACGGGGCACUCAUUCAGAGAAACCGUCGCACCUCCACCCACUCCAUCGUUGGACAAACAACUGAGGCACAAAGCUAAGUUCAUCGACGAGUAUAUUCCAAAGGGAGUAAAAGUCUCAAUAAUUGCAUAUUCCAUCAGCUGCUACCUCCUCCUCGCUCUGAUCAAGAAAAAAGGUGUCGCCAUUGGAACUUUGGGUGAUGAUGCCGGAGCCAAAUUAGUUGAUUCAUUGUACUUUAUUUUCCCGGUAAUCGAGCGAAUGAGAGACUCUCCUCUGGGGAAAAUUUUCCUCCCGGCUCUUUGUUAUUUCACGUGGCUGAUCCUAGCCAUCGCAUUCAUUAUUUUGAUGUUUCCUAACAAAAUAAAAUUCCCCAUAAUUAAAAAAAUCCUUACUUCGAAUACGGGUUCUCCGCCUCAGGACCAGUUUGUGACGGGAGCCAUCGAAUUGAUUCAUCCAGUGAUGCUGAAAAGAGUCCUUAACACCUUGAAAGAAGAAAUUGAACAAGUUAAAGAACUAGACAUCUCAACCAUUGAGGACAACCGACAUAAAAUGGUAUUCUAUUAUGGCUCCUACGAUGGCUUUUGUCCUAGGAAAUACUUGUACGAACUUCGCGAGAGAGUCCCUGAUGUGAACGCCUACUUGUGUCGGGACAGCCUCCACCAUGUCUAUGUGGCCCACUCCUCCGAGCAGAUGGCGCAUAUCAUGGGGGGCAUCAUGGGAAACAAGAGCGACGAACGAAUGCGGUGAUAUCAGCACAAAAACAUUAGUGCAUUAUUUACUACUCGCCAUGUCACCAAAAUAAUUUAAAUUGUAUAGAACAAAAUUUAUGUUAUAGCUUGUUCAUCAUUCUCAACAUAUUUAUUUUGUGUUGCUUGCUGUAGUGUUUGUAAUAUCACUGUAAUUUUUUUAAAUAAUUAUCUAUUAAGAAAUCAUGAGGAGUCAUCAGAAUUGUGCAUAGGAAGCUCACUAGAAAUAUUAAUAGGUUUCAUUCCAAAACUCUCCAAAGUUUUGGAAUCGAACAGUGAAGCUGAAAUUAUGACUGAUAUCUUUUCUAAGCAAUCGUGUCUAUUCGUUUAGUUGUUGUAUUCGUAGCUCAAGGUGGAAAUUUUUAUCAAUGAAUCUAGCAGUGGAUAACUAUUAAUUUAGAAGAAAAGUCAUACCUGCUAUAGACUGUUAAUGAUUUUAAUUUUUUUGUAUUGAAGUAUUGUUCAUUGAAGAUACGCUUUAUCCAUAUUUGUAAAAGUUACUGUAUAAUUUUCUUUGUUGUUAAGGUGAGCAACGUGGACCUCAGAACGUGGUUAUCUGUAGGUUUGUCUUUUAGUUUAGAGUUGAAACAAGUAAAUAAUCUGAAUUUGCUAAGCUUUAAUGACGAUAUAUUUAAUUUAUUUCAAGUAUGUAUAUUAGUGCGAUUGCAAUUAAUAAUCAAGAAGCGGUUUUAUAUCAGUUGUUAUGAAUAUUAAUAAUAAUA